UCCAGGUGUGGCCCGCUGUUUAACACGGGCUUCCUGAGGAGGAUGCUGUCGGCGGCGGUGCAGCACAGUAUGGACGACAUCCAGCCGCUCGUCAAAACUCUCAUCUGCGAGUCCGACUGCACCACGCUCAAGUCUUUAGUCCACGGACCGUCCGCUCUCACCAACCAGGUGGAGUGUGGAGUCGUUAUUAAGACGUUACAGAUCGGAGAGGACUCGGGCCCCGCUGAUCAGUCCGGGAAAAGAAAGACGGGAGACGAGUCGGGGAACGUAGUGAAGAAGAUGAAGUCUGACGUGUCCCUGGAGCACCCGCCCUUCUACUACAGCAUCCACAGACACAGCAUCAGAGGCAUGAACAUGCCCAAGUUGAACAAGUUCCUUCAGUACCUGACGGAGGCCGGCUUCAGGGUGAGCCGGACUCACUUCGACCCGACGGGGGUCCGAACAGACGCCACACUGGAGCAGUUUAAAUCUGUCCUCACCAAGUACAGCGUCCCCACGUACACCAACGCCACCGCCGCCGCUCAGACGAGUGUGAGCACGGAGAAGACGGUGUGAGACAGACACACUGACACUGCUCCAUCAGUUCCUGCUGUUCUGACUGCACUGAUGUCUCAAACACAGCUCGCCGCUUUUACUAAAACAAAGUAAUCAAACCAAAACUCGUGGAUUUUUAUUGAAUCUGCGAACCAAACUGAUCUGAGCCCAGUUGAUCCACUGUAUUUAUUUCAGAUUUCCUUUUUCUAGCUGGUUUACUGUCUAUUUUUGUUUCUCUUCUCUUAUAAAAACAUAAUAAAAUUGUUCUGAAAGUCUGAA